GUUCGCCUUUAGCGGCUGCGGGAGAUUUGCAGCGCCUGGCCGGAGAGAGAGAGAGCGAGCGGGGAGCUGCGGAAGAAGGAUGGAAGCCCGGGCGGCGCUGCAGGCACUUUUCUUCUGGAUCAACCUGGCUGCAGCUGCAACCAUGGAUGAGCACUGUGAGAAUCUUCCUCCUGCCAACAACAGCACCAGUCCCCACUGCAAUGCCUUAGUGGAUCUGAUUGGGACAUGUUGGCCUCGCAGUGCCGCCGGACAGCUGGUGGCCCGCCCAUGUCCUGAGUACUUAUUCGGCGUCAGAUACAACACCACAAACAAUGUUUACAGAGAAUGCUUUGCAAAUGGAAGCUGGGCAACGCAUGUAAAUUACUCCCAAUGUCUGGCGAUCCUCAAUGAGGAGAAGAAAAGCAGGCUACAUUAUCACAUCGCUGUCGUCAUCAACUACCUGGGACACUGCAUCUCCUUAGGAGCGUUGCUGGUGGCCUUCGUCCUGUUCAUGCGCUUGAGGAGUAUCCGCUGUCUGCGAAAUAUUAUCCACUGGAAUCUAAUCACAGCCUUCAUUUUGCGGAAUGCUACCUGGUUUGUGAUGCAGCUCACUAUGAAUCCAGAUGUGCAUGAAAGCAACGUGCUCUGGUGUCGACUUGUCACUGCCGCCUACAACUAUUUCCAUGUCACCAAUUUCUUCUGGAUGUUCGGUGAGGGAUGCUACCUUCACACGGCCAUCGUCCUUACCUAUUCCACUGACAAGCUGCGGAAGUGGAUGUUCAUCUGUAUCGGCUGGUGCAUCCCUUUCCCCAUCAUCAUCGCGUGGGCCAUUGGAAAACUCUACUAUGACAAUGAGAAGUGUUGGUUUGGGAAACGAACAGGAAUCUAUACAGACUACAUCUAUCAAGGUCCCAUGAUACUGGUGCUGCUGAUCAACUUUAUAUUUCUGUUCAAUAUUGUCAGAAUCUUGAUGACGAAGCUUCGGGCCUCGACCACCUCCGAGACUAUCCAGUACAGAAAAGCUGUGAAAGCCACUCUUGUGCUUCUACCGUUACUGGGCAUUACUUAUAUGCUUUUCUUCGUCAACCCUGGAGAAGAUGAAAUAUCCCGGAUUGUCUUCAUCUACUUCAAUUCUCUCUUGGAGUCCUUCCAGGGCUUUUUUGUCUCUGUCUUCUAUUGUUUCCUGAACAGUGAGGUCCGCUCCGCAGUACGGAAGAGAUGGCACCGGUGGCAGGACAAGCACUCUAUCCGGGCCAGGGUGGCGAGAGCCAUGUCCAUUCCCACGUCACCCACACGGGUCAGCUUCCACAGCAUCAAGCAGUCGACGGCGCUCUGAGGUUGUUCCUGAAAUGUCACAGCACUUGUGGGGACUAAGCCUAGUGGGCCAGCACUUUCGUUUUUCCAGAUUUGUGUGUUGGAAAAGUCACCAGAAGAGGUUGGCUGCCUUCUGUCUGAGGAGGAGCGUUAGAAGUGUUUUACCUGGUCGAAUUUGCAGCCUUGGAGUGAAAGAAUGGGCCUACCACCAUGGCCUACCGCCACACUAUUCCAGUCUCAUCUGGGAGAAACCUUCCCUUUGAAAGUGUGGCCUUGUGCAUUCGUUGCAUCUGGAGCUCUUUGCUCUUUUUGCUGACAGAAUUGGAGAAGAUUUAUCAAAUCAUGAAUGAUGUGUGAGGAGCAGGUGAUUCACUCGUGGAACACAGUAACUCUGGGAUUAUUGUCAUCAUCUGCCAAACCAAAGGGACAGAUUCUACUGUGAGAUCAACUAUGGGAAUUCUUUGUCCACACCAUUAGCACAAAUGGCUCCCCCCCCCCCCC